CGUUUCGCGCGCAGAUUCAAUCGUACACCUUACUAGAUCAUUCAAUAAUUUCUAAUGUGAUUUGUGUCUUUCAUUAUUUAGGAGCAAUGGCGUCGAUUCCUGUUUUGUUGGUAUUGCUCGUAUCGAGUAGUCUGUCAUCGGCCAAGGACAUCGCGGAAAAAUCAAAAUUGUCACACCUUCUUGAGGGCAACGGCAUCAAAGAUGAGCCGUCGGACAAACCUGUCAAAAGGCAGAUAUUUGCUCCAUCAUCUGCAAUUUUUUCACCCGCUCCUGCCGUCGUACCGGUUCCGGCGACCUUACCAGCUGCACCGCCAGUAGUACAAACUGCAGUCGCUCUGGAUCCUAACCCAGUAGUUCUUCGUCAAGAAGUUCCAAGAUUCAUCACCAGAACCAUCACACAGAAUGUUCAAGUUCCAGUUCAAGUGCCUGUUCCUGUCCCUGUAGACAGACAGGUACCAGUGCCUGUGAGAGUAAAUGUACCGGUAGCCGUCGAUAGGCCUGUACCAGUGCCUGUGUAUCACCGAGUGCCAGUGGAGGUCACGAGGCAUGUGCCAGUGUAUUACGAGAGGAGAGUGCCAUACCCGGUUAGAGUGCCUGUUUCUGUGCCAGUGCCUUAUCCUGUGACAGUGGAGCGUCACGUGCCUGUGGAUCGGCCGGUGUAUGUGGAAAGACCUGUGGCGGUGCCGCAGCCUGUGUAUGUUGAUCGACCUGUAAAUAUACCUGUUCCUGUUCAAGUGGACCGGCCUGUACCUGUACCGCAGCCGUUGCUAGUAGAUCGGCCAGUUCCAGUGCCUCAGCCUGUACCUGCAGUACCUGCGGUGCCUGCGAUACCGGCAGUGCCAGCGUCUGGUUUUGGCUUGUCUGGAGUUUUUAUCCGUUAAUGUCUACCCCGUUUCGAGUGUUUGUGAGGUUCUACGUUCUACCGAUGCCAUUUGUUACAUACUAGAUAAGUUGUAUUAUUGAGCAAUUUUUGUAUCACGUUUGACAAAUAAAAUAUUGUGACGUG